GAGUAGUAUUCUUGUAUUUAAAUUAUUGAAUUACUACCCACAGGACUGCCCCGAGAUCUAUAGACAUCAUCGUCAUCAAUCAGAACCUAAAAUCCGGCCAUCUCACCGGAGAAGCUGUUCAAUUACAUUCCCCCAUUUUGUUGGCAUUUGCCCCUACCCUGCUUAUACACAGAUAAUAUUAAAGGCGUCUUCUUCUUUGCAACAUUUUAGGGUUUUUGUGCUUUCAAUUUUGCCUCCACACUUCCACAUCCAUCCAUCCAUCUGUCCAAUCAACAAAUCCAUAUUGAGAGGCAAUGAAUUUUCUGGGGUUGCGGUCUCAGUCGUCAGCGACUGCAGCUCAACCUCUACCAUCACCACCACCGUUGCAUAAGCACCCUCCCACUCCAACAUUAGAGGAUUUUGUAUCUUCUGCUGCUGCUGCUGCUGAACAACACGAUCCAUUCCCGUUAGCCUCUUUUGCUGUUGAUGAUUAUGCAACUGCUCAGGGGGGAACUGCUUUUCCGCUCCUAACUUCUAAGCCUCUUGUUGAUAAACAUAUCGACGUUUCUCAACAACAAGGAUGGAUCACCAUUCCAACCAAGGAGCUUCCUGAUAGUUGGGAUAACGAGCCAGAUAUGCUAUCUUUUAGAUCUUUUGACCGCCCUUUUGUUUUCCCAGGAGAACAAGUUCAUGUUCUAGCAUGCUUGUCUGCAUAUAAGCAGGAUACAGAAGUUAUCACACCCUUCAAGGUUGCUGAAAUGAUGAGUAAGAAUGGCAUUGGCCGAAAUGCCAAAAAGCAAAAUGGUGAAAUCAGACAUGGAUCUUCACCUGCUCCCGAGGUGGCUUCUUCAAGUUCUAAUGCUCAUGAUUCAGAUGAAAAUGAUAGUGGCAAAACUGAACUUCAGAAGGAUUUUUCCACCGGGGAAUCUCUUCUCAGGAUGGAAGAUCACAGAAGGCAAACUGAAGUGUUGCUACAAAAAUUUAGAAAUUCCCACUUUUUUGCGCGGAUUGCUGAGGCAGAUGAGCCACUUUGGUCGAAAAGAAAACCCCAUGAAACAUUUAGAGAAUCAACGGAAAUGAUUGGUGGAAAGUUCAGUGCAUAUGAUGAUAAUAAGACCCUUUCGAACGCUUCAGUUGAUAGAGAAAGUCUUGAUGCUAGUACCUCAGGCGGUGUGGCAAGAAAUGGGUUUAAAUGUGUUUCACUUGCUAAUGGAGAUAUAGUGGUGCUGUUACAGUUAAACAUUGGCUUGGAAUGUUUAAAAGAACCUGUCUUAGAAAUUAUUCAGUUUGAAAAACAUGAAGUGAGAAGUGUAAAUGACGAAAGUUCAAGUUACUUGAAUCAGGAUUCUUGUGGAGAUCUCUUGAAGUGGUUGCUUCCUUUGGAAAAUUCUUUGGUUUCUCCGUCUCGUUCCAUAUCUCCCCCGCAAUUGAGCUCCAAUUCAAAUAUUCGUAGCACCUCUACAAAGAUGAAUCCUUCAGGCUCAUCUGCUUCUCCCAUUUUUUCAUUUGGCCACUUUAGGAGUUAUUCUAUGUCCUCCAUUCCUCCAAACACCGUACCACCAGUUUCACCCAUUAAUACCACAUCAAGCCUUGUUGAUCUAGAAGAUCAGGAUCACUUCUCAUCUAAUAGUUCUGGGAAAGAUGAAAAAGGAGAAGGUGAAGGACUUCUGUCUUUCCGUGGUGUCCCACUGGAGCCAGAAAGGUUUUCUGUUCGCUGUGGACUAGAAGGUAUUUACAUCCCAGGUAGACGAUGGAGGAGGAAAGUUGAAAUAAUACAACCUGUGGAGAUCUCUUCUUUUGUUGCUGAUUGCAAUACAGAAGACCUUCUGUGUGUUCAGAUAAAGAAUGUUUCUCCGGCACAUCUGCCAGAUAUUGUGAUAUAUCUGGAUACAAUAACAAUAAUACACGAGGAGGCUUCCAAGGGUGGACCUCCUUUGUCUUUACCAAUCGCAUGUACCGAAGCGGGGAAUGACCACUGCUUGCCAAAUUUAGCCCUCAGGAGAGGGGAAGAACACUCGUUCAUUCUGAAACCAGCAACAUCACUGUGGAGGAACAGCAAGUGUCAAAGCGAGAGAAGACAUCGAUCAUCAAGUGUUCAUGUCCCCUCUAAUGUAGAUCUUGGUUUACUGCCUGGUGAUAAGUAUGCUGUUUUAGUGUCAUGUCGAUGCAACUAUACUGAAUCUAGGUUGUUCUUCAAGCAGCCAACAAGUUGGCGACCACGUAUGUCAAGGGAUCUUUUGAUAUCUGUUGCAUCUCAAAUGUCACGGCCAACUCUUGGUUCAGAUGACAGAGCCCCUCAGUUACCUGUUCAGGUUUUAACACUUGAGGCAUCAAAUCUUACAUCAGAAGAUCUAACUCUAACAGUGCUUGCUCCAGCCUCAUUUACUUCUCUUCCUUCUGUGGUGUCUCUAAAUUCCACACCCACAUCACCCAUGACCUCUUUUGAUGAUAGAACUGGUGGUGACAAUAGACAGAGUAUUUCCUUCAAGGCACUCACUUCAGCAUCUAACAAUCAGAGACACAGUCAUGACAAUGUGCCUCAAAGCAGCUCCUUCAAUGAUCAAACAGUUUCCAUCACUGACGUGCUUCCAAGAAGUGAUCUGGGAUGUACACACUUGUGGUUGCAAAGUAGAGUUCCUUUAGGGUGUAUUCCUGGUAGAUCUACGGCGACCAUCAAGCUUGAGUUACUUCCUCUUACUGAUGGCUUAAUUACUCUAGAUUCUUUACAGAUUAGCGUUAAGGAGAAAGGUUUAACCUAUGUUCCAGAGAAGUCCUUGAAGAUAAAUGCAACUUCAAGCUUAAGUACCGGUAUUAUCUAAGUUACAGGAGUAUAUACAACUUGGUGCUACACGUGGUGUGAAUGGUAUGCUUCUUUAAAGGUGGUGAUCAGAUACUUCCUGUUGGCUUUGCCUAUCAGAUUGACUGUAUCACUGAAAGAAAUGGAUUAUAUAAAAAUGUAAUGUUUUUGUAUUAUCUGAGUUUUAUCUCCAAAUCCCUCUGGUGGACCCAUGUGUUUUGCUAGUGUGGGUAUCAUUUGAGUUAUAUGUAGCUGGUGACCAAAGGAAACAACGGUAAAUACCUGAAUUGGGAUGGUGUAUGGAAUCCAAACAAGUAGUACUUGUACAUUGCUCAUCGACUCAUGUGUGUUCAUUACCUUUUUCGUUAAUAUCUAUUGUAAUCAUUACAUCGAGUUAUGAAUGUAAACAAUGUAUUUUGUAAGAUUCAUCUUCAUAUGAGUUAUAAACUUAUACUUUUAUUACAUGCUUAACAUUUAUAGAAA